CUCCUCCCCGUCCCCGCUGGCCGCUCAGAGGCAGCCCGGCGAGCCGCGGAACCAGCCGAGCCCAUGGCCCAGGAAGACGAGGCGGCGGCGGCGGAGGGCGGCGGCGGCGGGGGGCUGCUGCUGGAGAUCCUGAGCUCGCCGCUCAACCUGAGCCUGCUGGGCCUCUGCCUCUUCCUGCUCUACCAGAUCCUGCGGGGCGAGCGGGCCCCGCGCCAGCCCGACGACGCCGAGCCGCCGCCGCCGCCCAAGCUCAGGCGCCGCGACUUCACCCUGGCGCAGCUGCGGCCCUACGACGGGGUGCAGGACCCGCGCAUCCUCAUGGCCAUCAGCGGCAAGGUCUUCGACGUGAGCCGCGCCAGGAAGUUCUACGGGCCCGAGGGCCCAUAUGGAAUUUUUGCUGGAAGGGAUGCAUCCAGAGGUCUUGCCACAUUCUGUCUGGAUAAGGAGGCUCUGAAGGAUGAAUAUGAUGACCUGUCUGAUCUCAAUGCUACGCAGCAAGAGACCCUGAGAGACUGGGAAUCACAGUUCAUGUUUAAGUAUCACUACGUUGGCAAACUGCUGAAGGAAGGAGAGGAACCCACCGUAUACUCAGAUGAAGAAGAAAAAGAAGACGCUAAAGAUCAAAAGAGAGACUAGAGAAUGCACAGGUUCUUCCUUACUGAGUAACCAAGUCGCAUACCAGAAGGGGGAAUUGAGAAUGCCUUUGCCCAGUGAGGAGGGUCAACAUGCUGUUAGGAUACUGAAGAAAUAUUUCAGCUUGUUAGUGGAAAUUUCGAGGAGUUAAUGGCCCACUGAUCCCUCAUGGAAUGCAUUCCUUGCCGAAACACUUUUGCUUGCAUGUUGGGCGUGCUCUGUAGUUCUCCAUCGUUCCCGCUCUGUCAGAUGCUGCUGUUGGAUCCAAUUAAGCAAGUCAGUGUAGGUCCUUGCUUUUUAGCUUGUUUCCCUUCUUAGUCCAACAGACCCUGAGUUCACUGGCCUUUAGGACAUGUUUCAAGUUAUCUAUUCACUUAGGCCUCUGCCUCAUGAGAGGCACUUUCCCCCUCAGAGCGCUUUUUUGUUUUUGAGUUGACUGUUGUUCAAUGGUUCUUUUUUACCUUGUCUGGUUUAAAGUUUGUGAUUUUUGCAAUAGGCUGACCAUGCAGAACUCUUGCCCACUUGCCUGCAGUAUGUAUGUAAUAUAUUUUAAGCAAAAGUAAUGUUUUAACUCUUUAGUACCAUGGUAAAGGGUGGGCAAGUGGGUUUUAUACUUAGGCAGUAAACUUUCAAGACAACAUUGCAAAUCUACAAUAGGUACAUUCCUACACUGAAAGGUUAAUAGUGCUCUGAGGGCUUAAGCACAGGCCUAGAGUCAGACUUGCUCUGUAGGCUUAGCCAAAUCACUUUAUCUCUAUGCUCCAGUUUCUCCAUUGGUAAAAGGAGGAGGAUAUCUACUUCACAGGGGAUUGAGCCUCAGUUCUUUCAUGUAAAGUGCUUGUAGAUCCUCCAGUGGAAAGUGCUAUAGAAAGGCAAAGUAUUAUGUAGUUUCUUAGCUGUUUUCUUCAUGGUGCCCAUGAUGUGUGUUAGCCUGAUGUGUGUUGCUGCUACUGUGUACUUUUUGAAUGAAAACAAGCUCCAUGGGAGCUCAAGCCUCUUGCAAAAUCCUUUGUUGCCGAUGACCCUAUUUGCCAGAGCAAACCAAUGUUUUAUAAAACUUAGGAAAAUUUAGACAGAGCGUAGCUGCUUACACCAAAUAAAAAGGGAAACAGUCCGUAAAGUAGACAAAAUUGUUCUUAAAUAGGAAGUGUUCCAUGAGGUCAGCAGCUUUUGUAAACACCAACUAGUGCACUGUAUAAAAGUACCUGAGACCGUGUGUGUUCAGAAUGACUAUUCUCAAUCCAUACCCUGAGAACCACUUUGAUGGCAUUUGUCUUUUUGUAACACUACGCAUUAAAACAAAGAAUACAGUUGUUUGCACAGGUAGCUUGCUAAAAUAUUAUUAUAUGAACCACAUAGGGAGGGGCUAGGCUAAUGCAAAACUAGUUAUAGGCUUUUUGUUGCUUUUUAAAGCCAUUUAUACUCCUUUUAGACUAUUUCUAAUGGUUUUACCUCAAAUCAGAAAAGUGCUUUUACUUCUUACAGGCAGACAAUAAAAUUCUUACAUAGUG